ACCCAACGUAUUUAUAUUUCAAGACAUGUUGUUUUUUAUGAAUAUUAUAUGCCAUAUACUGAUCUAACAAAACUUUCAAGUAUUCUUAGUACAGAUGGGGAACUUUGCACAUAUCCUGAUCAUGUUGAGUGGUGCCAAUCUAAAUCAAACCUACAGCCAUCGAAGCACUUGGAUAAGCAACCAUCUACAUCUCAGAUGCCUUCCCGAUUUACUAUCAUCACUAAUGAGGGAGAGAACACUGAUUGCACCAAAGACUCAACAAGAACUGAACCUGAGAUGGCAACGGGAAUAUCACACUUAUGUCAAGAAGAAAUUAAUGCUUCUUCUAAAGAAGAUGGUGUUCAAUUCCAUGGUGCUACAGAAGAAUCAGAUUCCUCUCAAUCACUUAUCGGAGCACCUAAUUCAAAUCACCUUAUAACAUCAAAUGGAAAUCAAUCAACUAGAACAUCUGAAACACCUAUGUCAGGAGUUUCACCACCAGUACAUAAUGCUAAUUCAGUAUCUAAUCACCCUAUGAUGACCAGGACUCAAUCAGGGACUCAUACAGGACAUGUUCAAACUAAAUUUACCAAGCAUGCACAUACUAUGACAACUAAUGACUCAUCUUUGAAUCUUGUAGGUCUGCAUACUCAAGAACCUAAAUCAGUUCGACAGGCAUUACAGCUUCCACAUUGGGUUAAGGCAAUGCAAGAAGAACUAGAUGCUCUUCAAAAGAAUUGAAAAUCCUGCAUGUGGACUCAACGCA